AUGGUCUUUUUCGAUGUGACAUCGUCGUUGAAAUCCAUACCGCCAAAUCUGGCGCACGAAAUCUUGGAUAAGAGACUUCAAGAGGCAUCUGAUGAGGUCCAAAACCAACUCAAAAUUGAACAUAUCAUGAGAUUAUUCGAAUUCUGUCAAAAAACAUACUUUACUUUUGCCGGAGAAACCUACAAACAGAUCAAGGGUACUCCAAUGGGAUCCCCGAUCUCCGGUUUAGUGGCAGAACUAGUCCUGCAAGAGCUAGGAAACACCGCCUUCACCCAACAGAAGCCCGUGUUUUGGCGUCGUUACGGAGAAAACACUUUUUAUCAUCAAGAAGAGCGUGCUGCAAAACUUCUAUAA